AAUAAUGCAUUUUGCAAGUGUAGGAACCAGACUAUAAUCAUGGCCGACAACGCGAAUUUCUAAAACGCGCAAGAUUGAGAGACCAAUCGUAUUUGUUUUGUUUAUUCAUGUAAAGAAACAAAUAUACAUAUAUCAGCUCUAGAAAGGCGUCUUAUUGGUUAGACUUUUUAUCACCGAUCCAGCACAAUGGAUGGCGGUGGGGGCACCGCCGUGGCAGCGCCACAGUCCAACCAGGGCUUUUUCCAUCGUCCCAGGCUGCCGUACAGGGAGAAGAACCAGUUCUACAAGCACCACCACUACUACAACCGCAUGCUGGGGGAGCAGGGCCCCAACAACGCCACCAACUUUGACGGGAAGCGCAUGCGGAAGAGCAUCACGCGGAAAACCGUGGACUAUAACUCAUCCGUCAUCAAGUUGUUGGAGUCUCGUAUCUGGCAAAGAGAUUCAAGGGAUGUGCGUUGGAUACAGCCUGACCCGACAUACUCACAUGAGCUCUCGUUGCCGGAGACUUACUUGAAUAACCCGAUCAACGCCGUCACCACGCGGUUCGUCCGGACGUCCACCAACAAGAUCCGUUGUCCUAUCUUCUGUUGUGCUUGGACGCCAGAGGGACGUAGGCUCGUGACGGGGGCAUCGAGCGGCGAGUUCACCCUCUGGAAUGGCCUCACCUUCAACUUUGAGACCAUCCUCCAGGCCCAUGAUUACCCGGUCCGGGCCAUGACCUGGAGUCACAACGACCUCUGGCUGCUGACGGGUGACCAUCUGGGCUACAUCAAGUACUGGCAGUCCAACAUGAACAACGUCAAGAUGUACCAGGCACACAAGGACCAGCCCAUCCGUGGUGCUAGCUUUUCGCCGACCGACACCAAGGUCACAACAUGUGCAGAUGACGGGACGGUUCGGAUCUUUGAUUUUGUCCGAUGCCAUGAAGAACGUGUGCUUAGAGGUCACGGUGCAGAGGUCAAGUGCGUUGACUGGCACCCCCAGAAGGGCCUGGUGGUCUCAGGCAGCAAGGACAGCCAGCAGCCCAUCAAGCUGUGGGACCCCCGCGCCAACAACCCCCUGGCCACCCUCCACGCCCACAAGAGCACCGUCAUGGCCGUCAAGUUCAACCAGAAUGGCAACUGGCUCCUGACCGCCUCCCGGGACCACGUCUGCAAGCUCUUUGACAUCCGGACCAUGAAGGAGAUGUACACGUUCCGGGGCCACAAGAAGGAGGCCACGGCCAUAUCCUGGCAUCCGAUUCACGAGACUAUGUUUGCCAGCGGCGGUUCUGAUGGAUCCCUCCUCUUCUGGGAAGUAGGGAAUUCGAAGGAGGUCGCAAGCGUUGAGACGGCGCACGACAGCAUCGUCUGGAGUCUAGCCUGGCAUCCGCUCGGUCACAUCCUAGCCUCAGCGUCCAACGAUCACACAACGAAAUUUUGGACCAGGAAUAGACCUGGCGACCGAAUGAGGGAUCGCUACAACUUGAACAUGUUACCCAUCGGAACGUCCGAAGAAAUGUUGGAAUUUGACGACGAUACCUCCGCUUUGCCUGCCAUCCCGGGCAUGGGACUGGAGCACGGUCUGCCAGAUCACCUUAAGAAGCCAGAGGAAGGGGUCAUCGAGGAGGAAGAACUGGCGUUGGAUACCUCCAUCCCCGGCCUGGAAUCCUCGGUGGAGGAGCUGGCCAAACUCAAGCCCCAGCCCCAGCGCAAAGUGCCCUACGCCAAGCCCAUCCCGGCCGACUUCCAGCGCCAGUGGGACAAGACCAAGGCGCCCGGUAUAGCUCCGCAGCAGACCGAGUCAUCCGAGGACGAUAAAUCUGGGAACGAAGAGGCUAAAGGGACCGGAGAUGAAACCAAGAAGAUGGAAAUGAUUGUGAAGAACUCGGGCGUGGCCAUCGCUCAGGCUCAUCAAGCUGUCCUGAAUGCCAUGAAGAAUGCCAAGGAGAACGGCGGACAGCGUCCCCUCCCGGGAAUGAUGAUGGGCCCGCCAGGAGCUCCCUCCAUGGGUCCAGUACCUGGCAUGAUGAUGGAUGGAUCCCCUGGGCCUGCAGGUCGAGGCAGACCCCCUGGGGGAGGCGGACCCCCGGGGAUGAUGGGCGGGCCCCCCGGGAUGAUGGGCGGGCCACCAGGGAGAGACGGGCCCCCCGGGAUGGGCGGGCCCCCCGGGAUGGGCGGACCUCCCGGGAUGGGAGGACCUCCCGGGAUGAGCGGACCUCCCGGGAUGGGCGGACCUCAGGAAAUGAUACCAAAUGAAGAGGGAGGAGCCAAGAGUAAACCAGGUAUCCCCUCCCUCAUGGGGAUACGCCUGAAUGGCCCCAGUGCUAAACCGCCCGGCCCGGAAGGUCAGCCGCCGGAGAUUGGUGUGCCACACCCCAACCGUUCCCAGGAAAUGAUGGACGUGCAGGAAGAUGGAGCUCCUGGCCUGGAUUUCUCGUCUCAUGCCCUACCCCUGCCACUCCCGGGGGACAACGCAGACUUUCCAGGUUCCUCAGGCCAGGACAGAGACCGACGGGAUUUCCGCGAACCAAGAGACGAGGAUCUUCGCGGGGAUGUUGACCUCCGCCAGGGCUUUACCGACGUGGAUAUGAGGCAGCAGUUUCAUGACCCGCCCCCGCCCAAAAGAUUUGAGGGGAGAUUCGACCGUGGAGAAAGCCCCCCGGAGGGAUGGGGCAGUAGAAUGGCACCGAGGGACGGACCGCAUCAGGACCUCGACAUGAGGCACAUGGAUGCCAGAAUCGGACCUAGGGGGGACGACACAAGGGAUUUGCCCUUUGAGGACACCAGGAGGUCCAGAUCAGUGGACAGACAAGAUCUGGGCGAUCCUCGAAGACGAGAGGAGUCACCAGGCAUGAGACGAGAUGAUUUCAUGGAUGAAGACUUACGACAGCCUCCAGGGAGGUUCCCUCGUGGGGGUCCUCCUGGAGGUCCUCCCGGAGGCAGGCCAUGGAGACGAGAGGAUUCAUCCGAGGAAGAUCCCUUCGGAGGAUUUGACCCCGGCCGGGAACCGGGACAAUCGAGGGGUGGCUUCCAAGAAAGGGGCGGGUUCGGAUUACACGAUGAAGAUAUGAGGGGUGGGACGAGGGGUCGGUUUGGCCGGGAUGAGCCAUUUGACCCAGACUUCCACCCCAAAGGAUUACUACCGCACCCGGGCGACGACGGACCGCCGAUUCCCCGCACAAGACCCCUGCUCGGUGAUCACGAUGAGCGGGGAAACUUCCCCGAUGGCAACGAUAUGAAAAGAACUUGGAACGAGGGGCCUGGAGAUGGCCGAGACAUGGAAGAACGUGAACAGUUUGGAAAUUUCGGUGGGCCUGCCGGCCCAGGCCGCGGACAGGGCAACAUGUGGAGGGGAGGGCGGGGGGACAUGAGAGGCGGGGGACCUGGCAUGAGGGGCAGAGGGGAUCCGGGGAUGAGGGGCAGCCCUACUGGAUUCAGGGGGGCGUUUCGUGGUGGAAUGGGACGGGGAGGUAUGGGAAGAGGUGGUAUGGGUAGAGGGGGCCCAGGCUGGUAGGGAAAGGUCACAAGUCAAUUAAGGGUCUUUCUUCAGGGUUCAAGACCCCAACUAGAGCUCAUAGAGUUCAUUGCCAAUUUACCCUCGCACACUAGGGAGGUCUCAAAAUCAAGUCUUAUAAAAAGGAUAUGAAGACCCUUCAUGUAGGUACUCUUGUUUGACUUUCCAAAGGCCAGAACUCUUCCUUCUGAACUGUUCCGGCCGCAACAUGUUCACAACUAAAUCUGGUACAUACUUCUACCUCUUUUGGGCGAGAAUUUUAAUGUGUAAUUCAUGUUCCAUUCAAACAUCAUUUUUUUGUGGACUAGGAUUAUUUUCAGAGCGGAUGUUGAGUUCAUGAAACAAUGAACCAAUCUUCUAGACUCCUCAGGCUCGAUAUUUGGGAGAGCAUUAAAAAGUACAGUGGGGUACCAAAACUUUUAUAUAUGGGGCAACGGCAAACAUUGAGGUUUGCGCAAUUUGACACUGUUGAUGCAGUGGUAGUGUGUAUUCUUAAAAGGUAGAGUAGAUCAUUUGCAGCUAUGCAAAAGGUAACUGACAAAAUUAUUGUUGAAAAGCAUAAGUU